AUGUCGCGCUCAACGAACUCGCUAAUCGCCGAGCAGUGUUACCUGAUCAAUCGUGACACACCGCGACCGCAAAAUCAAAAGCGCAGAAUCCACAACAUUCUUUCAAACCAAAUUUCGUCGCUUAACAACAGCGAUAGUCUUGUUUUGAAUGAGCAGGCGUCGGAGCAGCCGCCGAGUGAGGAGACUAGCUACGCACGCGCCGAAGGUGCCAGGCGACCUGCUACGCGGCCACAAAAGAGACCGUCGGCUGCACAGAACAAGUCAAGCAAUAACAGCUUCAUCCAGCUUCUCACAGGGGAUGCCGUUAGCGACGCGGCAACUGCCAUGAGCGCGCAGUCAAGACUACGUCAACAAAUCGCACAAACACAUGUUAUGAAAUGUCUAGGAGGAUUUAAGUACCUGGAAGGAAACGCCUUCGACAACUUCGUCGUUGCUACGCUGCCGCGGUUCGACGCACAAAAUAACUUCAAAAGCACCUAG